GAGGAGGAUAGGGCUGGCCGGCGCCGGGACCAAACUGAGCAUCCCACCGGGCCUCAAGAGCCUGAAAGCGCGCGUCGAAACCCCGCAUGUCUCUGUCGUAACGCUCCUCGAACUCCGCCCACCACGGAGAAGGCUGGGACCACCAGGCGGGCGGUGCAGACGAUGCAGCCGGACGCUGCUGAUGAUGAUGUGUGGCGCGGGGCGCUCGGCGGUCGGGCUCUGGAACAGGCUCAGGAGCGGGCUGCCAACCGGAAGGAGGCGAAAGGAGACGGCUAUCAUCGAGAACAGGCUGAUCAUGCUACAUCUCCUCCGGCUCAUGGGUAUAAUCGGUAUCCUGCUGAGGACGAGACGAGCUUGCCCGAGCUGUGGAAGCGGCUGCACUCACUUUCUUCAUAUAGGCGGUUCUGCCUAAUCCCAAAAGAAUCUCUUGCAAAUGUCACUCAAAAAGACGAUGAAAGUGUCAAGGAUUAUAUUGCCCGAUUCAAUGACCGAGUUCAGAAUAUGGAACCUUGUCAUCCUGAAACACUGCUUGUCAUGGCUAUCGCUGGGCUAAAACCGAACUCAAUUUUCCGCUGGACACUGUGUCAGAAUAAACCGAAUAUUUUUCAAGAAUUUCUCGCUCGAGCUCAGCAACAUAUUAUAGCUGAGGAAGCCAUGUCGGUCCCCGACUUUAACUUUAAUCCGAAGUCAUCCAAGGCAGGAACCGAAAAGAAGAAAAAGAACAAAUAUUUUGAACGACAAAACAAGACUCAGUUCAGGGGGCCUCCCCGGGGAGAUCCCAACGAUCCUGAAGUUCGAGCGGCCCGAAAACAAUAUGCUACCGAUGUGAAGUCUGGUUAUCAAACCGUAUAUUCUGCGGGAGCAGCCACCAUCUAUGAAGAAAUCAAAGGGAAGGGCAUUUUACCAGAUCCCAAACCACUUCGAAUGCCCGAAGAAAAACUGGACAAGUCCCGGUAUUGUGAUUAUCAUAAAUCGCCAGGGCACAACACGGAAGAGUGUUUGAGUUUGUUAGCUGCAUUGUUGUGUUUGAUUGGCCAUCCACAACUCAGAAAGUUUUACCGUAAUACCGAUCCCCAGAGGCGAGGUCCGGGGCGUCAGAUCGAACCCUUUGAUGAAGACGAUGAAGAGGACCGAGGUGCCAUGCCAAAACGCAUCCGACAAGGAGACAAGGAAGUAUUUAUGUUCACUUCGGAAACGCCCGAUUCAAACUUUACGGGAAUUAUCCGAGGAUGUAAACGAGGUCGAUCUCCUGAACCGAUGCAAAUUACCGUCCAUCGUGUCAAUACCAAUAAUUCCCGGAGUCCACUGUCCCACGUAGAACUGAUCUAUAUUGAUGAACCGGUCUUCCACAAAUCACUGCGUAUUGGAAGUCAUCUUCAAGAACCUCUGCGGUCAGAACUUAUCUCGUUUCUCAAACACAAUUCUGAUGUUUUCGCUUGGAAGCACGAGGAUAUGAAGGGUAUCGACCCCGGUGUCGCUAGCCACAAGUUGAACCUCGAUCGAACCAUCCGGCCUGUUGUACAAAAGAGAAGAAAACUGGGGCCGGAUCGUCAGAAGGCGUUGGAAGAAGAAGUCAAAAAACUCAUCGACAACAAGUUCAUCAAGGAAGCCAAAUACCCGACGUGGGUCUCAAAUCCUGUUCUUGUCAAAAAGAGCAAUGGGCUAUUGAGACUGUGUAUCGAUUUUUCCGAGCUGAAUAAGGCGUGCCCGAAGGACAGUUAUCCGCUUCCCCACAUAGAUUAUAUGGUUGAUGCAACGUCGGGACAUGAGUUGAUGAGUUUCAUGGAUGCUUACUCGGGCUAUAAUCAGAUUCCUAUGGAUCCUGAAGAUUCUGAACACAGCUCAUUCUAUUCGGCCCGAGGCUUGUACUGUUAUACAAUGAUGCCAUUUGGAUUAAAGAACGCCGGAGCCACAUAUCAACGUCUCGUCAACAAAAUGUUCGCUACACUGAUCGGUCACACUAUGGAAGUUUAUGUUGAUGACAUGCUCGUCAAGUCGGUGCACGCCUCUGAUCAUAUAAUGCAUCUUCAAGACAUGUUCGCCAUCCUCCGAUCUUAUUCCAUGGUCUUAAAUCCUAAGAAAUGUACUUUUGGAGUCGAAUCGGGAAAAUUUCUGG